AUGUCAACAGCUACGGCUACUACAACCACAGCACCGCCUCGACCUGAAAAGAGCAAACUACGUCAAAAAUCGAUUAUUGAAUCCGAUCCUAUACCUUCAGCAGCUCAAAGUCGUUUCACAGAGCAAUUUGAUAUUAUUCCACCACCUGAAUUACUCGAUGCUUUGGCAGACACCGAUUUCCAUGUUUCCACCACACGCAAAAAUUCAAAGCCUAGCACCAUAGGCAAAACGCUGAGACCUUUCCUGCCAUCUUCACCUAGCAGUUCCUCUAUUCCCACAUUUGACCAGCAUCAGCAUCCUCUUGUGACCGCCACCAAUGAAAGCACCAAUAAUCAUAGUCGACCACCUUUGUCUAACUCUGCAACAAGAAAUGCAUCAGCAUCAGGAGCACCACCUCUUAUGCGCUCACAAUCAGCACCUUGGAUGAAUCGACUUUUCAAUAACAGUGAUGAGGAUGAUCAGCCACAACCUAUGGCUACCUUCAGUAGCAAGCAAAAACGAGCACCAUCAAUUACUGAGGAACAAGAACAACCAAUCGACAAGAGUCUGAGUACAAGCACAAAGGGUAGCACAAGAAUGCCAUCCUUAUUUAGUCUUAAUCGUGCCGAAGUCAUUGUUACGCGUCUCGACCAGUGGCAGGUGCUACUCAAAGCUGUCAUCGCUUGGCUUGAGGAAGUUGUCAAAAUCCAUUUCCAGAGCAGCCGAUCUUAUUCACAACGCAGCCUUCCAUUCAUCAAGCAUGAUUUCAGCCACCAGCACCGCAACAAUAAUGAUGAUGAUGAGGAGGAAAAAGAUGCUCUCACCACCCUACAAGCUGGGUUACAAAUGCUCACAAUGCACGUUGCGAACGAACAAAAGGAAUUCGGCAAACAUAUCCAACAAGACAUCUUGCCAGGCUUACACAAGCUGAGACGUGAUUGCAAAGAUAUGAUUCGUGGGUUGAAGGAAGAACCAGAGCUGGUCAUGGAUGAGCUGCUACGAUUGGCAGAAACCACCCGAAAAUCGAUGGCAGCACUUAACAAACAUUGCAAAGCAGCGGAUGCUGGCAAACAUAUAGAACAUGAUCCCAUGUUGUCUAAUCUAUAUGUUUUACGACAUUUGAAGCGGGAGAUUGAUGAGGAAAACAGGAUGCGCGAAUUGAUGGUGCCUAUACAAAAGGGUACAGCUGCUUUUGAAGCACGAUGUUUGGAACAACUCAAGCCAGCUAUUGCCUAUUGCUAUCAAUUUAUGGCACCUCAAAUGUGGGACAACACUGAGGACCAAGAGACAGCAUCCUUUAAAUUGGUUAUGGAUCAGCUGAUGCCCGACCAUGAAUGGAAGAGGUUUUAUGAAAGCAAAAAGAAGGAUUUGGUCAACGAAGAGAACCCCAAAAAGGACUAUCUCAAGAUCAAUUAUCCCAACAAGAUGAACCCCUUCGUCAUGACGGUCGCCAAAGGAGUCUUGGAACGACGUAUUGGUGUCCUCAAACAAUUCACUGAUCGGUACUAUAUUUUGAGUCAUUGUGGUUACCUACAUGAAUUUACCAUGGAUGACAAGGUGUCUCCUGAGCGAUCAAUUUAUAUGCCCGAUUCGACGGUGGUGCCUUCCAUUGAUAUAAGCCAUCUUGCCAACGACGCUCCAACUGAUAACAAAGAUGGGCCAUAUACAUUUGAGAUCCAUAAGCGUGGCACUCAGGUGCUUCAACGUGACCGAGUCUAUGUAUUUCGAACCAAUUCUCGAGAAGAGCUUCUUUCUUGGUGCCGUGCACUUGUUGAUGCAUCCACACGAACGACACCACCACGAGCACCUAUCAUGCCACAGCAUACAAACAUCACGCCAAUCAAUGGACAUCCUCAUCAGCUAUCACGACCACCUAGUACUCAUGGUAGUAGUAGCAGCAGCCAAACUUCAUCCUUUACACAACAACAACAGCAUCCAAAUCCGGCCAAUGGAUCAACAGUGUCCGUACCAAACACAGUGCGGCCUCAAUCGGAUACCAAUAAUAGUAGACCAGCUUCCACUCAUGACAAUGACGAUGCAGCAAGUAUCAUGACAGCGCGUCCCACUGCACCUGCACCAGCACCUGAGACUCCAACACCCGCAACUUCUUUAGCACAUCCUGCCCCUGCAACAAUUUCUCAAGAUGCAGUGAAAGAGCAACAACAAGAGGACCAACAACAACACAUUGAAAAUGAUGAUGCAAAUACCCAACGAUUCUCACGAGCAAGCACCCAAUUUGAUGAUAGCGAAUCUUCUGUGUACUUUUCAUCCACAUCGGCACCACCCUCACCAUCAGCAUCAUCUAUUGUUUCGUUGUCUGCAGUAGAGGAUACACGUAUUCCAGCUCUCGAUGAAGAAAUUGAGGAACCUAGCACACCACGACCGACAACUGCCAAUACCACUUUUUACAUGCCAAUGCUCAAUACAUCAGAAAAAGCCAACGCAUCAUGA